GAGCCGGGGCGGCCCUUGUCCGGCCACCCCCACUGCCCAGUCCCGCUCCCGGCCGCGGCGGCCGCAGCAGCCGCAGCAGUAGCGGCUCCAGGAUGGUGAGCGCCGCUGCCCCCCAGCCCCGGCCUGUCGCCCCCUGCCCGCGCCCCGGCCCCGGGGCCGGACGCCCCCCCAGGCCGCGCACACUCACCUAGGACCCGGCCGGGAUGCCGAGCUCUGUCGAAGAUGCACUGGACACCGGAACACGCCCAGCCCCUCAACCAGUGGCCAGAGCAGCACCUGGACGUCUCCUCCACCACCCCGUCGCCGGCCCACAAGUUGGAACUGCCCCCUGGGGGUCGCCAGCGCUGCCACUAUGCUUGGGCACACGACGACAUCUCUGCCCUCACUGCCUCCAACCUCCUCAAGCGCUACGCAGAGAAGUACUCGGGGGUCCUGGACUCACCCUACGAGCGCCCCGCCCUGGGCGGCUACGGCGACGCCGCCUUCCUCAACGGCGCCAAGGGGGACCCCGAGCCCUGGCCCGGGCCGGAGCCGCCCUACCCUCUGGCAUCGCUCCACGAGGGCCUCCCGGGGACCAAGUCGGGCAGCGGGGGCGGCUCCGGGGGCCUCGGGGGCUCUCCGGUUCUAGCCGGGAACCUGCCUGAGCCGCUCUACGCCGGCAAUGCGUGCGGGGGCCCGUCGGCGGCGCCCGAGUACACGGCGGGCUACGGCGGGGGCUACCUGGCCCCGGGGUACUGCGCGCAGGGCGCCGCCGCGCUGCCGCCGCCGCCCCCCGCCGCGCUGCUGCAGCCCCCGCCGCCGCCGGGCUACGGCCCCUCGGGGCCGCUCUACAACUACCCCGCGGGGGGCUACGCCGCGCAGCCGGGCUACGGCGCCUUGCCGCCGCCGCCGGGCCCGGGCCCGGGCUCCUACCUGACCUCGGGGCUGCCGGCGCCCACGCCCCUGGCCGCGCCAGGCCCACCCCGGCCCGCGCCCGCCCCCUACGCCUUCCCGGAGGGUGGCGUGUCGCUGAAGCGCAAGGCGUCCGACGAGGGCGCCGACGGCCGCUACCGCAAGUACGUCUACGAGCCCACCAAGGCCCCGGCGGCCGACGGCGCCCCCUACCCCGCGGCGGACAACGGCGACUGUCGGGGCAACGGGUUCCGGGCGAAGCCGCCGGGCGUCGCCGAGGAGGCGUCGGGCAAGUACGGGGCCGGCGUCCCGCUCAAGGUCCUGGGCUCCCCCGUCUACGGCGCGCCCCUCGAGCCCUUUGAAAAGUUCCCAGAGCGCGCCCCGGCGCCGGCUCCCCGCGGGGGCUUCGCCGUGCCGUCGGGGGAGCCUCCCAAGGGCGUGGACCCGGGCGCCCUGGAGCUGGCGACGAGCAAGAUGGUGGAGUGCGGGCCCCCGGUGCAGUGGGCGGACGUGGCGGGCCAGGGCGCGCUCAAGGCGGCGCUGGAGGAGGAGCUGCUGUGGCCCCUGCUGAGGCCGCCCGCCUACCCCGGCAGCCCGCGCCCGCCGCGGACCGUGCUACUCUUCGGGCCGCGCGGCGCCGGCAAAACACUGCUGGGCCGCUGCCUGGCCACGCAGCUGGGCGCCACGCUGCUGCGCCUGCGCGGGGCGACGCUGGCCGCGCCGGGCGCCGCCGAGGGCGCGCGCCUCCUCCAGGCCGCCUUCGCGGCUGCGCGCUGCCGCCCGCCGGCCGUGCUGCUCAUCAGCGAGCUGGACGCCCUGCUGCCGGCCCGGGACGACGGCGCCGCCGCGGCGGGCGCGCUGCAGGCGCCGCUCCUGGCCUGCCUGGACGGCGGCUGCGGGGCCGGGGCCGACGGCGUGCUGGUCGUGGGCACCACGUCGCGGCCCGCGGCCCUGGACGAGGCCACCCGCCGGCGCUUCGCGCUCCGCUUCUACGUGGCGCUGCCCGACGGUCCGGCCCGCGGGCAGAUCCUGCAGCGGGCGCUGGCCCAGCACGGCUGCGCGCUGAGCGAGCGGGAGCUGGCGGCCCUGGUGCAGGGCACCCAGGGCUUCUCCGGGGGCGAGCUGGGCCAGCUGUGCCAGCAGGCGGCGGCCGGGGCGGGCCUCCCAGGGCUGCAGCGCCCCCUCUCCUACAAGGACUUGGAGGCGGCGCUGGCCAAGGUGGGCCCUCGGGCCUCCGCCAAGGACCUGGACUCGUUGGUGGAGUGGGACAAAAUGUACGGCUCCGGACACUGACGGCGGCUGCGGACAUUGACUGCGGCCUCCGGGGGAGGCCGCUGGAGCCGCCGCCCCUUCCUCCCUCCCUCCCUCCCUGUGCCCUCCGUUUGGGAGGGAUGUGUUUAACCAAACCGGGCUGGGAGGGCGCCCGAGUGAGGAAUGUGGGGUGGGUCCGCGGGGCCGGUGGGGGGGGGGGGGCUGCCGGUGGAUUUUUUUCGUGGGAAGGAAAAUGCUUCUGCUAGGCAGAUAGAUGCCAUAUGCGCUGUGUACUCAGGUUUUCCCUAUUUAUUGUGGACGGGAAGCUUGCCAUCUCCGCCCCAGGGACGGGCAGAUCCGGGGCCUAAGGAACUCCUGCUCUCUCGCCACAAUCCUUUUGUCUCCUCGCUGUCUGAAUGGCUCCCCUGCUUUCCCCCACUCCCCUCCCCCUUUGCAUCGCGUAGUUUUCUGUCCCCUUCGCUUUGUCACCCGCCCGCCCCCUCCCCCUUUGCUGGCCCUGUUCUCUUUUGCUUCUCUCUCCCCUGUCUCUAUCCAUCACCCUCUGUGCUUCCUUCUCUGUUCUGCUCUCCAGCCUCUCUGUGUCUUGGUGCCUCUCCCUGCCUUCUGUCCCUCUCAUUCAAAGACUGCAGUGUCCCUUUGCAGGAGAUCUGGAGGUCCAGGGGCUGGGGAGGAGCGGGUAGGGAGUUCCCUCCCACCCUGUUAUCCCUCACCCAGCUGACACCUUGGGUCUGAGAGGGUCAAGCAAAAAAACAAAAACAAAAAAAAAAACAAAAAAAAGAACACCCAAAGAAGGGUUUUUUGUUGUUUGUUUUUGAGGGGGAAAUCCCAGAAAUGUAGCUUGUUCAAUAUUUUAGGCCUCUUAUUUUUGUAAGAUGUGUAGAAUUUGCUGUUUUUCUUUUUAUUUUGACAACUCAGGAAGAAACUGACCUCAGAAAGAA